AAGCGCCGCGAGACAGUUUCCUGCUGGCGGGACUGAGAUGGCGGCGCGCGGAGCCCCGGUUACCGUUACCGUCACCUACAGUAAUGAAAAACACAGUAUUGAGGUCGGUUCUCAUCAGGAAGAUGGUGAACCUACACUACAAGACAUGGCUCUACUUAUUGAACAAGUCACUGGUGUUCCAGUUCCUUUUCAGAAGCUGAUAUACAAAGGGAAAUCUCUAAAAGAAAUGGAACAACCAUUAUCAGCACUUGGUGUUAAAAAUGGUUGCAAAGUCAUGUUGAUUGGGAAAAGGAAUAGUCCAGAGGAAGAAGCUGAAUUAAAGAAGUUAAAAGAUUUGGAGAAGUCAGUGGAGCAAAUAGCUAAUAAAUUAGAGGAAGUUAAUAAAGAGUUCACAAGUAUCCAGAAGGGUUUUUUAGCAAAGGAUCUCCAGGCAGAAGCUCUGAAAAAGCUGGACAAGAGGAUAAAAGGAACUGCAGAGCAGUUCAUGAAGAUCCUGGAACAGAUAGAUUCCAUUAAUCUGCCAGAGAAUUUCAGUGAUUGCAAACUGAAAAAGAAGGGAUUGGUGAAAAGGGUUCAGGCUUUUCUUGCCCAGUGCGAUACAAUCGAAGGAAAUAUUGGUCAAGAAAUGGAUAAGCUGCAGUCAAAGAAUUUGGCACUGGUGGAAUGAGACACUGCUCUACUUAAUUAGGAAACAUAAUUGCUCUAUGAGCAAGAAGAGAAGUUUGCUCUUUGUUUUAGAGCACAUAUUCAAUGUAUUCAGCUUUUUUUCUUUUUUCUUUUUUUUUCUUUUCUUUUUUAAAGCCCAGUCUAUUAGACUGGUACUAGUUAAUCAUUACUUGCUGGUUGUCAUGGUUGCCACUUGGUUAGAUCUAUUAUUCUGAAAAGAAGACAAUCCUUCCUUUAAAUUGCAGAAACAAUAAGAAUAUUUGUGGUGAAUUGUCAUGUAUCUUAUGAAUGAGUGUUUAGUUAACUGAAUAACAAAGUUUGCAGUGAUGGGCAAUUUUGUCUGUUAUGUCUUGGAAUUUAUUGACAGCUCAAAUCAAAGAAGAUCUAUAAUCCUAAAAAUGCCAGAAGUCUCAAUUGUAGAACUUCAGCUUGAUUGAAAAAAGAUUACUGAUGUAACAUCUGGGGAAAUACAACAUUCUUGUAGACAGUCCAGAGCAAUAAGAAGACCACACAUUUGUAUCUACUUAAUGUUUGUAUGCAUUGAUAAAUAUAAGAAAGCUUGACUAUAAGGGAGUUGUACCUAUUUUAGCCUUAAAUUGUCAUAAUAAAUGGAAUGUACUGUAAUAGAUACAUAA